AUGACACCAUAUCAAUCAUUAAUUACUGAUCGUAAUGAACCUGAUUCAGAUGCUAUUGAAAUGUUUUGUGGUCAAAUACCUCGUACAAUGUCUGAAAAUGAAUUACGAAUAUUAUUUGAACGUUAUGGACGAAUUUAUAAAUUAAAUAUUUUACGUGAUAAACAAAGUGGUGAAUCAAAAGGUUGUUGUUUUGUAACAUAUUAUACACGGAAAGCUGCACUUAAUGCACAAAAUGCUUUACAUAAUUUAAAAACGUUACCUGGUAUGCAUCAUGCUAUACAAAUGAAACCAGCUGAUAUUGAAAAUCGUAAUGAAAGAAAAAUUUUUAUUGGUAUGAUAUCAAAAUCAUGUAAUGAAGAUGAAAUCAAACAAAUAUUUAUACCAUUUGGUAUCAUUGAAGAAUGUACCGUACUUCGUGAUUUAAAUAAUCGUUCACGUGGUUGUGCAUUUGUAACAUAUCAAAAGCGACAAUCAGCUUUAAAUGCAAUUAAAACCAUGCAUCAUUCACAUACAAUGGAUGGUUGUUCGUCCCCAAUAAAUGUUCGUUUUACUGAUACACCUAAAGAUAAAGAAGUUAGAAAAAUGCAACAAAAACUUAAUGAUAAUCUUCUUCAACAAAUAGCAACAAAUGCAUCACCGAUAACAAAUAAAACAAAUGAAAAUUUAACUUCAUUAAAUUUAAUGCUUUUUAAUCAACUUUAUUCAAAUGCAGUUACACGUUCUGAUGAACAAAAACAGCCAUCUUCUUAUUCAAAUAAUAAUGAUUUAUCUUGUGGUGAUAAUAAUACAAAUAAUCUAUCUUCAAAUUCGAAUAACUUAGCAUCGAAAUUAACUAAUACUCAACAAAAUAGUGCAUCUCCAUCAAUUUCAUCGUUGCUUACUGAAUGGCAAACUAUCGGAACUAUCGGACAUUGUCCACAUAUGUUGAACAAUCUAAUUUCUGCUAUUAACGAGACUACUGUUGAAAAUAAUGAAGUUAUCACAGGUACAUCUUUAUUGUAUGGUGGAGAUCAAAGUAUACAACAGCAACAACAUAUAAAUAACAAUGUUCUUUCAACACCACCUAACUUGCUUCUCAAUACAGAGAUAAAUCCAUGUAUAUGGCCUAAUCCAACAGAUGAUGACCUUCGUCUAUUGGAUGGUUUCUUAUCACCAACAACAAACGGAAUAUUAAAUAAUCCUAAUCUUUCAUUUACAAAUCAUGAUAAUUUUCCAUCAUUGAUUAAUUUAAAAGAUCAACAACAAAAUAAUAAUAAUUCUUCGAAUGAUGAAAAACAAUUAAUUGGACCAUUAGGUUCUAAUCUUUUCAUUUAUCAUCUUCCAUCGGAAUUUACUGAUCAUGAUUUAGCACAAACAUUUUCUCCAUUUGGUAAUAUUCUAUCAGCUAAAAUCUUUAUUGAUAAAUUAACAAGUCGAAGUAAAUGUUUUGGUUUUGUUUCAUAUGAUAAUAUCUAUUCAGCUCAUCAAGCAAUAAAACAAAUGAAUGGUUUUCAAAUUGGUUUGAAACGAUUAAAAGUUCAAUUAAAAAAAAAUCGUAUUCAAUAA